UUGGGCAUGGCGUCUCAGGAUGCUCAGAACUUCUUCCAGCCUCUCUCUUCCUGGAUAUCUCGGGUUUAUGAAGCUCUCCAGCAAGCAGGAGAUAUGCUAUCUGCUUCGCUGGUUAACGUAAGCAAACAAGACUCUAAAUUGAGUGACAAGCUAGACCAGGACUUAGAUGAUAUUCAUAUUCAGGAAGCUUACUUUGAAGAUGAAGAACAAGGCAAUGAUUGGCGUCAAGAGGAUGCAAAUCCCUUGUUUCUUGAAGUGGAUCAUUUCGCCUGUUGUAAUAGUGAUUUGCAGGACUCUGCCCAAAGUUCAAGCCCCAGACUUAGGCAACAUGCAAAGGACUCAUGUUCCAUAAUGUCCCAGUGGCCCAAUCAGACCCUUGAUGACCAAAAGCCACCACAUGUGCUUUCUUCUAUUGCUGAGGAAGAACAUCACCUUGAAAAGCCAAGGAGUGACCUUCAACACAACUUUGACAACCAGCUCUCUGGUAUUUUAGAAAAUGUUAAUGGAAAAAAGCAAGUUAACAGCUUUGGCGAUGAUGAAGAGCCAUGCACAUCUUCUGACAGUGAUGAAGAGGUGAUCAAACAAUUUGAGAUUUCUGUGUCCCGGUCCCAGAGUUUCCAUUCAGAAGCAUCUGAGAAAGGAAAGCAGGUGGGCUUGGAGCAGAAAUCAAAAUUCAGCCACCUGCUCUCUACCCAUGAGGAGGAUAACACAGAAGUAUCUGCCUGUGAAGAUUUGGAUGGACCCAGCCAGCUGAAUUAUUCUGAGAAUCUGUCCUACGGUGAAGAUGAUCCCGUUUCUGCCCCUUCCCAGUCCCCAUGUGAGGUGGGGAACACCGGGCACCAUGGUGCAUCUCCCCAAGACACCAAAGUGCCUCACAGCCUCAGUCGCCAGUCUACAGAAGGCAGCUUGGAAUUGGAGACAGCCUUUAAUAACCGGGGGUUUGAAGACUCUUAUGCUACAGACAGCUCCUCCAUGUGGAGCCCAGAGGAACAGGAUGGGGCCAAUUUUCAGGUGCCAACGGGGGUCUUGGAGCCCAUCUCAAAAUGUGGUGACCUGGAUGUCAUCUUUGAAUAUAGAGCUUCCAGCCAGAAGUUCACAGUGACCAUUGUGAGAGCACAGGGUCUUCCCGACAAGGACCGAAGUGGUGUCAACUCCUGGCAAGUUCACGUAGUGCUGCUGCCCAGUAAGAAGCAGAGGGGCAGGACAAGCAUACAGAGAGGCCCCAACCCUGUCUUCAAGGAGAAGGUCACCUUCACCAAGCUGGAGCCCAGAGAUGUGGCUGCCUGCGCUAUCCGCUUCCGUCUGUAUGCUGCCCGCAAGAUGACCCGUGAGAGAAUGAUGGGAGAGAAGCUAUUCCAUCUCAGCCACCUGCACCCAGAAGGGGAAAUGAAAGUGACUCUGGUUCUGGAGCCAAGAAGUAAUAUCAGUAGUGGAGAGUCUCCGCUCAGCCCAUCUGCACUUUCUCACAGUGACACUGCUUCCUCCACGCAGUCGCUUUCUCAUGGAGGGGCCCCGGAGCUGCUGGUGGGGCUGGCCUACAACGCCACAACGGGGCGAUUAUCCGUGGAAAUGAUCAAAGGCAGCCAUUUCCGAAACCUCGCUGUUAAUAGAGCGCCUGAUACAUAUGGAAAGCUCUUCCUUCUCAAUUCUGUGGGUCAAGAGAUGUCCCGCUGUAAGACGUCCAUUCGACGUGGUCAGCCCAAUCCUGUCUACAAGGAGACCUUUGUUUUCCAGGUGGCCCUCUUUCAGCUCUCUGAUGUCACACUGAUGAUUUCCAUUUAUAACAGGCGUACUAUGAAGCGUAAAGAGAUGAUCGGUUGGAUUGCUCUGGGCCAAAACAGUAGCGGAGAAGAGGAACAAGACCAUUGGGAGGAAAUGAAGGAAACCAAAGGGCAGCAAAUAUGCAGAUGGCACACCUUGCUCGAAUCCUAGUUUUGGCAGCAGGAUUUGCAUGUGACAUCUGCCCUGGCGACCAGUGUUUUGACCACUGAUACCAACUCAGCACAGGCUGGUAGGCGUUUUAAAGACAGGCUUACAAUUAGAGUCUACUAAACACUGGGACAAUCUGGGCAGGAUCAUUUGGGUCUCUCAAAGGUUUGAUUUGGAUUCAGAUAUUAUAAUUAAAAAAAAAAAACACAUACAUGGUCAAGUGUACUUUAUGGAAAAUUAACCAUAGUGGAGAACAGUGAUAAUGAGUUAAUUUGUAUUAAUAGAUUAUUGAGUCUGGGUUCAACCUGUGGAAUGAAGCUUCUCGCUGUUUCUGUUUGCUUGAAGAGUAACCUGAGAUCACAAGGGAGCUGGUGAAUCUCACCAUUUGUAACCAGGUAUGUGUAUGAAUCAGAAUUUUGUUAAUAUGGUGCCCAAACCUCCCCACUAUGGAAAUGAAUCUCAUACCAAGGCUCAUAAGAGAGUAUAACUAUCAUCCAUAAGCCCCUUUUUGCAUUUUUCUUUCUAUGAACGAAACUCUUCAUUUAUUUACUUAAAAAUAAAUGUUAUAAACUCAUACGUACAAAACAAAUUUGUAUUCAUUAAAUACCUUUCUUUAUCUUGCUUACAUAUUGUGGUUUCCUGUGAGAUAUGAUUAGAUGAAUCAUGUUUGAAGGUAAAACAGAGUUGAAAAACACUGUUGAAAGACAUCUUGUCUCCUUUUAAUAUGUAAGAUUUCCAACUUGUAAUUUUCAAGGUUUUUAUGCUAUUUUUCUCACCUAAUAAAUUCUUACAGAAUUAGAAGAAACAAACAAAAAACACCUACUUAAGUCAUGGAAUUGUUGAUUUUCUAAAUUGAGAGUUCUCCUUUAGAUUGUACUUUUUCUAUAUUCACUGAUAUAUACUCAUAAAUAUAUUUUGAAUGUACACUUGCAUGUAAACCAUAU